GACAUCUCUCUGGGUGCGCCGCCGCCGAUCACAUGUCUCUGCUUUGGAGCAGAUAAAACGUCGAUUAAAAUAUUAACAAAUACCACAGCGCACCGACGGUGGGAGAGGAAGACUUAUUUGUCACGUUAGAUAUUAUUAUUUAUACAGACGGAUACUACAACUUUAAUAAUACCGCAAUUGAUACUAUUCACGAGCGAACGCCGACGAGAUAGAUACGUGCCACUUCAACGCCGGUUCGUCCCGUGUAGGCAGACAAAUGCGUGUGGGUAUUUAUCGGGAGAGUUGUCGUAUACAAUAUUUAAAAAUAAAAACAAACGCUUCGGAAGCAACUAACGGUUUAAAGUGGCAGAACGUAGUGCGUGCAAUCGUGUGGUCUGAUAGAAGUGUGUGCAAUCUGUUCGUUAGUGGUCCAGCUUGCAGCUUGCAGCUCGCUAUUACUACUGUUUAUAUUAAAAAAUGUUAUGGACAAAAUAUCGUGGACUGUCACCUACAAUUUUUUUUCCAACCUUUCAAAAACUGAGAACGGAAAACGAUUCGAUCUAAUAAUUCCAGAAAUGGCGAUGGUGUCGGCUUGGUAUGCAUCGACUGUGGUUUGAAAUGUCAUCGGAAAUGUUGCGUGUAGAUAAUCUGCGACAACGGUUGUUCUGCAAUUCCGUGUUGGAUACAAAACGGGAAAGCCGGUGUCCUGUGUGCAACGCCAUGUUUUCAACCACGUACAGUAUGCGUCUGCAUUUACAGACCGUCCACAUGGACUUAAAACCUCAAAAUCUUACCGCCAAAACGUUUUAUCGCGAGUUUAACAACAACAACAGCAUUAAUAAUAAUAACAACAAUAACAGUAGUAAUAACAAUAACAACAAUACGGCCUUCGCCGCAAAGUCGCCGGCUAAAACGACGUCGUUCAACAAAAGUCCCGAACGCGCGCACAUCACACCUGUAAAAUCUUCGUACAACGGCGACUCAACGUGUAGCACAGACUUUAGUGAUGGAUAUCCGUCGGACAAGGACUCGUAUUUCGGUAGCUCGCCCAAAGAUGAUAUCCCUCUGUCAGUUGUGGGUGGCGGUUUCAUGUCGCCGGCCAACAAGAGAAGUAGCAGUGGCCACAUGAAGGCCAAGCGCACGUAUGCGUGCAGGUUGUGCUCGACCGUUUUCGGAAAUCUGCGGGCACUUAAGGGCCACAACUCGUCUAGCCACAAUAAAUCCACCAACGGCAUGUACGCGUGCAACAUUUGUGAGUUUGCCAGCACUGAAAAAGCGUCGCUAAACCACCACAUGAAAGGUCACACAGGCGAGACACCGUACGUGUGCAAAAAGUGUUCGUACGCGUUCACCACGAAGGCCAACUGCGAACGGCACCUGCGCACCAUACAUAAGGCGUCCAACGCCGAGGUAAAGGCGUCGAUAUUGUUCAAGAACGAGGAUAAAUCGGCCGGGUCAGUGCAGUCAGCCAACGAUGAAGCAGCUGCCGACAAGAGUGAAGAGCUGUUCCACCACCUUCGCCUGCAGCACCACAAUCAGACAACAACGGACUAUUCCCAGUACGAAUCAUCCGGCCAAAAGAGCUCAGAGGACGACGAGGAUGAGUACGAUGAGCCACUGGACCUCAGUAUGAAGCGUUUUAAACAGGACUUCGACAGCGAGCCGCAGGAUUUGUCAAUCAACAGUAAGAGGUCGUCGUCAUCGUCGUCUUUUACAGCCGCCGCCACCGCCGGUGAUCACACAGACGAGGAGGACGUUAACAAACCGACUGCGACGAUGCCGUUCCGCGAGCAAUUUGUACCGCACGCCCCGCCCGGCUUCAUGGACUUAUCAUUACCCACUCCUUUACACGCGUAUUUUCUCAACGAACAUCGUAUGUUUUUCAACGGCAUGUACCCAGCCGCAGAACGGAUGCUGCCCAUACCACUCACCGUCGACAUGAUCCGUGCAAUGCGGCAGAUGAACGAACCGGUACCGGUCCCAGCUCAAGAGCCGGCCGAUACCGUUGUCCCACCGAAGCCUGAUACGCCUGAGCCUGCGACCGUACCACCUCCGCCACCUAUUCCGUCGUCCGUAGACGUUGCGCAAAAACCAAAAGACACCAACGGGUUGCGAUUGGUGAUGAAAAACGGCAUUCUGGUGCCCAAACAGAGGCGGUUCAGAACGGACAGGCCACAUGUCUGCGAGACGUGCAAACGGGCAUUCACAUUGAAAUCAAACCGCGAUCGGCACGUCAAAAACCAACAUCCGACCGAUUGGCACAAGAAACCUAGGUCGUUAUCGUCCAAGUCGGAACCGCAGUUCUCAGCCAUCAAACAAGAACAACAGGACACGUCGCCGAUUUCGAAUCAAGUGAAAAUGGCUUUAUCGUUGAAAUGUCGGCCGUCAGAACAGCUGUUACGGACCGAAGAUGAAGUAGACGAAGACGAAGAAGAUGACGACAUAGUGGAGGAGGAGGACAAACUCGUCAUAGUGGAAGACGGUGGAGAGCAUAACAAGCCCGCCGAAGUUAAGGAAAAGUGCUCUGAGAUCAAAGAGGAGUCUGCCGAUCUGGUUAGCGUAUCCAGAUUGCUGGACAACGCUUCGCACCAGACGUUUCCGCAGUUCACCAGAUCUGAUGAGGACCAUAACGAGGUGACCAGCAGCGAAGAAGAGCACAGCGAGGCUGCUAGCUAUUCUGAAAACGACGGUUCUAGUAUUAACGCAGUGAACAACAACAUUGAUAUAAAUUUCAACACAGACAAGGAUGAGAACCGAGAGAAGCGGAAAAAAGUUAGUGCAUACGCGGCUGCACCCAACAGGGUGUUAUGUCCGUUCUGUUACCUUUCGUUCCCGUGGACUUCGUCGCUGAAACGUCAUAUCCGCACGCACACAGGCGAAAAACCGUAUCAGUGCAAACACUGUCCGCUAUCGUUCUCGACGAAGUCUAACCGUGACCGGCAUAUCCUGCGCCUGCACUGUACACCACCAAGCAAGUCGGCCGCUUCGUCCGACAAUGAAACAACCGCCGCGGCGCCAGCCGACGCUAAAAACGCGUACAAGUGCACGUCGUGCCCGAACGUCGCGUUUUCCAAGCGCAAAAACUUGAUCAGCCACAUAAAUCGGGUGCAUUUCGAUAAGAACAGUGGUGGUGGCGGUGUGGGAGAAGACGACGAACGAGGCGGUGACGGUACCGAAGAAGAUGGCGGUGAGUCUGAACGUGAUUACUCGACAAUGACCAUGUUUAACGGAUGGUGUGGUAAUAAUAACGCGGCUUCGGCGACCACCACGGCCAACACCACCACCUCAACUACAGCCACCACCCCGUCCAACACGGUCACCGGAUCCGAGCCGUGUUUCAAGUGUCACCUGUGCGACAGCAGCUACCUGGACAGACAGGGCGCUUUGGACCAUAUCAGGAUCGACCACGCCGAAUGUUACGAGAUACUGGUGUCCCAGGGAGCCAUGGACAAUGACCACGAUUCGUCGGCCGUCAAACAAGACGACGUGGAAAACAGAAAGGUCUUGUGCGCGUUCUGUUUGCACCGUUUCUACUCUGCCGAGGACUUGCGCCGGCACAUGCGCACCCACACGAAGGAACAGCCGUUUGCGUGCUUGUCGUGCAAGCGCCGGUUCACGCUGAAGCACAGCAUGGUCCGGCACAUAGCCAAAAAACACGGUGGCUGCCAAGACCAACAAUACGGAGGCGGUGGCGCUGGGGGUGGCAGCGACCACGAACGAAGGUCCGCCAGUCCUCCGAACACCCCUCCACCAACGGGAGGUCCUGUCACCGGUUACGAUGACUGCUGCAGCAACCGGACAGACACGGGACUGAUCGGCACGCUGCUCGGCAUCCGCGACAGCACUGUCAUCGAUCAGGUGUUGCAGACAAAGUCGCCGGAGGACGCGGCCAAAAUGUUGGGAAUCAAAAGCAGCAGCGACUAGAGAUCGACGCCCGCGCACAGGCCGUAGCCGGGUCAGAUCCACUUGUACGAUAAUUUUGUCAAUAAUUUUACACACAUAAUCUUAUUUCUUAUUAUAAACCAUAUACAUAGAGAGACAGAGAGAGCUUGUCGUCGGAAUACGACAUUUAUAAUAUAGUGUUAAGUAUAUAUAUAUUAUUAUUAAAAUUAUGUUAUUAUAAAUUAUAUUAUAAGAAAUUACGCGUUUUGCAGUAUAUUAUCAUACACCAAUCGUGUUAUUGGCUGACCAUUGUUGCCUUAUUAAAUUUUAGUCGAUAUUAUUGUAGAUUGGCUGCUAAGCAUCUACAAUAAUAUCAUUAUUAUUAUUAUUAUUAUUACUAUUAAUUUUAUUUUAAGAACGCAAAUUAUAUUUAAAACUGUUAUUCACUGAAACGGUUACGGUUCCGUUGAGUAUCUUAAGCAUAGUAUUAGUGUUUUAGAUAAGUUUAUAGUAGUAUAGUUAUAAGUAUCGUCGGUGGUGUAGUAGAGUAGACGGACGGAGUCGAUAUCGAAAAAAAAAGAAACGCCAAUGCAAUUUCUACUUUUCGAUACCUACUCGGUCACCAAAGUCGUUUUUGACGUCUUCGACAAAUAUAAUAUUCACCCCCACCCCAUAAGGGAAAAUGACCGUUGCUGAGCACGGUGUCAACGAUAUAAAAAGAUACAUAAUAAUAUCGAUUAGAUUUAUUUUACUAUUAUAUUUACGUCGGCCACACCACUGAGUUAACGGUAGUUUUAUUUUUCAUUUUUUAUUACUUAACUUUUCUUUCUUUCGUUUUGUGUGUUCCUCUUUCGGUACGCGUCCCCGCGAUCGUCUCGAAUUCGCGUUUUCUCGUUCACCACAUCACGACUAAACGCGCAUUCGACAUUCCCGGAUUUAAAGAUUUUUUUUGGUCUGCAUAAGAUUUUCGUCUCUUACAGGAAUUUCUGCAAUGGUCGGAAAUAUUAUUCGGCAAAAAAAUCUUUCGACUAGUACCCAUACUUAUUUUCUCAUCGUAUGCAAUUUUCACCGCGUUAUAUUGAAGUCGAUCGCCCGAUUAAUGUGCAACCAAAUGUACACGCGCGCGUGCCUUCGUCGGUUUCCAGAGCCUGUUCGAUGAAGACUAACGUCUAUAUCCCGGAGAAUAAAAUCUGAAUUAAUAAUAUAACCUGUAUAGACAGUAGACACCCUAUACUCCAUAUUAUAUUUAAUAUUGGUUUGUUUAGUUUUAAGAGUGUUACUCACUAAAAUAUUUUCAUUUUUUUGUUUUAUUUCACACCAGGGGGGGGGGGCACGUGGUUUCGUUGUUUUGACAUUUGUAAAUCUAACGUGACUGCACUAACAUAUAUUACAUACUAUAAUAUUUCGGUAAAACUAAAUCAUAAAAUAUAUUUGUAUAAAAAUAAUAAUACCUAUACCAACAGUAAUAUUAUUAUUAUUACAUAUAAACGGGGUUGUUAACCUAUAGCUGACCUUAUUGUAUAAUAUGAUUUAUUGAAUUAUAGACUUCUAGAAACGUUUAAUUAUAUAUUAGUAAUUUUAGUUUUUAUUAAUAUACAUGUACAUUUGUAUAUGUAUGUGUGUGUGUGUGUGUGUGUGUGUGUGUGUGUGUGUGUGUGUGAGUGUAUGCCAUGUACUAUAUUAUAUAUAUAUUAUAAAGCACUGUUUUAUUAAUUAUUAUUAUUCGUCAAUUUUGGGCUGCACUAUUAUUAUUAAUUUUCAGUUAUAAAAAAAAAACAAUAAAAUAAAGAAAAAAAAUAUUAAUAAUUUAAAAAAAUCUAGUCGAGCGAAGGUGUAUUUUAAUGAAAUUAACUAAUAUAAUAAUAGUGUAAAAAUGUAUGUACUGAGCCCUCGAUGUUAUUUAGCCAUAAUAAUACCUAAUAACGUAUCGAUAACAUACGUGGUUAGUUAUAGUUUUUUAGUUGUGUAAGGCACAUCCCUUUUCUUCCUCUCUGUACAUUCCUCUUUGUUCCAAAACAAUCAUAAUAUUAUAAAGGUUUAUAAUUUUUUAACCAACAAUCAUUAUUUACCUAUAUAGAUACAUUUUUCCAGACUGUAAACAUUUUUUUUAUCUCAUUUUUAUUUUAUGUAUAUAGCUGCAUAAUAUAUUUAUUUUAUAAUAUAACGUGUGUAGCAAGUUGGCAUAUUUUAUCUUUUUUUUGUGGUUAUUAUUUUAUGCAAGUGAUACUAGUCGUUAUACAUAUUGGUUAAAGUUUGUCCCAUUAUUAUUAUUAUUAUUAUUAUUAUUAUUAUUAUUAUUAUUAUAUACCAUUAUUACAGUCGCCAACAUUAUUUUAUUUACCUAUAUAGACUAAACGCGAAUGUAUACCUUAAUUAUAAUUUCUGAAGUUGUAUAGUUAUAUAGACAGUGCUAAAGCAAUAUUAAUCAUUAUCUGUAUUUAAAUAAAUUUAUUAUAAUAUUUAUCUCGUAGUUCUAUUGUGUGUUUGAACUCCGAUUAUAAUAAUAAUAAGUAAAAAAGCAAUAAUUUAAAAAGAAAUCGUAUAUGAUAUUGUAUUUAUUAUUAAUUUAUAAAAGUUUGUUUUUGAAAAUUAAAAUAAACUUCAGUGUGAGUGAAA